AUGGACUCCACAGGUAAUGCGAGUUCCAACAACAAGAGAUGUAAGAUCUCAUCCCACUCUGUUCUGAGAAGCCCUGCUGAUAAUAAUAGUAUCCUUGCGAAGGUCUAUUGUAGGGUCAAUAAAACGAUCAUUGUCUCCUCUCUCGAGAAAAUCUGACUCCCCAACUACAUCUCAGACCAGUGGUUGUUCUGUUGAGUCAGCGCAAGAUAGCCUCUUCUUGUACAGUGGUCGGUCUCUGCCAGGUAGUAUCUCGUCUAAAUCCGGUAGAUUCAAAAAGUCCAACUGUGUGUCGCCCAAUGAUCAUGUUGUCACUGAAUAUGCGGAGAGCUCAUCUUCUCGGAAAUGUCAAUUGACUCCUAGCCAUGUAUCACCAGCAACAAACAGAAUACCAAAACCAAAUUCCUUUUCUCCUCAGAACAGAGUAUCUGUACAAUCUAUGCAAGACAUUCCAUCACCAAAGAAAAAGCUUCCAACUCGUGCAGCAUCCACAGCUAGCAAACUUAGGAAAUCUCUUUCAACUUCUUUUCGUACCGAUGAUAAAAAUCCUAUUCAAGCACUCAAGGAUGCGCCAGCACAAGAAAGCAACUGGUCCCCUCCGACUCAAACGGCAUAUGUAGCUGGAGCGCGCCUUCCUAAAAAGUUUCCGACUUCCUCGACGACUUCCAACAGUAGAUCAUCCAUUCAUUCGAUAAAAAAAAUUCCAUCGUCGGAGAAGGAUCUAUUACCUCUAGUGCCAACAUCAUUUACAACCAGUAGACGUUCUAUAGGAAUAAAGGCAUCACCAAUGAUGAAUCAAACAACACCAAAGUCCGAACACUCAACUCCACAUACAACGGCAAAGCGAUCAUCAAUUGUUUCAUUUCAGAUCCCCGAAGAUGCUCAAAUCGAUUCACCACAAAAUGAUAUGUUAUUCAAUAUUCAUCCGCCGUCAAGUGCGAGCAAAUCAAGCCGAUCGAGUUGGCUUUCUACUGUAUCACGUACCUCAUCGACGAAAAUCAGGAAUCAACCUCAAUCUGCAAGACUCCAGCGUUUGGCACUAGGCGGCGGCAGAGAAACCUCACGAUCUCAACGGCAACAUGUUUCGACUAGUGCCAAAGAGACUACCCUUCCUUGGGAUUCUCCUUUCGACAGGAAUUGGGACCUUAUGGCUGAUGAUGGUGUGCCUGUCGAUUUCAACGAUCUUUUUAAGCAUUGUCUCCCACCACGACAAAACAACAAUUUCUCUCUUUUCUUUCAUUUGCCCGUCAACGUUCGCCGAAGGGUAUAUUCUUACUGUUUGCCUGACAGAAAUGGUAUUACAAUACUACUAUCACCUCAUUUUGUUAUAAAGAACUGCUACCAUGGAUAUUACUUCAGUUCGCCUUGGAAUGUUCUUGAAUGCGUUGCCGGAGGAUUGGCCUCCUUCAGCCUAAUGAGAAAUGAUUUGAUGACCUAUUUCUGGACUGAAUAUCAAUUUCAUGUGACUUUGUCACCAUUUUGCAAUUCAGUUUUCACUCCACUCUCAAGUGUUUGGUUACCCAACUUUCUGGAUAGAAUUCAACACCUUACAAUCGAAAUUGACCUUACUAGAUUCGGUGGUAACGCACUCAAGUUUGCUAGACGCUUCGGGUACAACAUGGAAAAAAUGGAAAGUCUUCUACUUGCUGUUGUCAAUGGACUAAUAAAGCGAGAGGGGAAAAUGGCCGAGCUCACAUUAUUGUGUCGGCGCUUUGAUGGCCAUCGACCCAUCGAUGAAAAUGAUCCUGACUGGAAAGCAGACGAUUUUUUUGGUACGUCCACCAUUUGUUCCACUGUUCCAAGGCCCGUUUGCUCACCUAAAUGAUGUACUAGAAUAUUUUCCGAAAGAAGCUAUGCAAUUUUGUGAUGCAGUUAUAAACCUCCGUGGCAUUGUCAAAUCGGUGAGAAUAGCGGGAUUUCCUCUAGAUUAUACUAAAACUUUACUCAAUUCUUUGUUCGGUCAAGAAGGAUCUAUGCGCCAAUUUGUUAUCCCAGAUCGAUCUGCAUGGCCACCGCUUCCACAAUUAUAUGCGGGUAUAAAACACGCAUCAAAUUUUUACGCUCCGUCCAUGACUCCAACGUCAUCAGAAUUUCUCGAUCAUCAGGAGAGCCUCAAUACUCCAUGGUUGCACGAAGUAUCAGUUUGUUCUAUUGACUGCCCUGAAGAUCAUGAUGAAAGUCUAACGAGACCAGAUACUUCGUUGUCUGUUACGACGGUCGGUGACCAAGUCAACUUAUAUCAAGACCUUUCACCAUCUACUAUUUCGCCUAACUCAUCUCCUGACUCGGUGAACCCCUUAUCAGACCCAACUAGGACACCUGCCAGGAAUGCUACAGUCACGUACCAAGUAAUGGCUGCAGAGGAUCGUAACAACUCGAAACGACAUACAAAUAAGCUCAAUCCACGAAAUUCCAGCGAUUUAACCCCCGGUCACUUCUGUUGUCAGCCUGGGGAUGGAACUCAAGUUGAUUUGAUGAGUCGGCGAGAACAACAAGUCUCUGACCCUGACAUGAUUAAUCUGACACAACAAGUAUUAAAAAGUACUUGGACUAGUCAAGGAGUAAAUCGGACGGAAACUCAUCCAUCUGGAGAAAAUAGUGAUGAUCAUUGGACAUUUGACACUGUAAAUGGCGGGCCUUUACUAAGAACCUCAAAUCCUCAAAGUAAAAGGAAAUCACAAUUCGGAGAAUGGCAAAUGCCGGAUAUUCCCGAGAGUCCCUUAAAUACAACUAGUGUCCAUGACCAUAUCCCCAUUUCAGCAAUUAGACCUGGCACGCUUAAAGCUUCCAAUGAUCUUCACAUACGUCGCAUACAUGCUCAUAUAGAAAAGUCAACAUCAGAGAGCGAUGAAGGCGCCAGCAAGCCUCCAUCACUAUAUACAUCUCUAACGUCCAAACAGGAAGGUUGUGAAAAUUCUAACGAAGGGAGUCUUAUCCUCACUCCUUCAAGGAAUUCCAUAUCAGAAGUUUCCAAAUACUGCAAUGAUUAUAGUUCACCCCGACCUUCUUCACAUGUCGCUAAUCAUGAUAUCCAACAAUUGGACCCUGAAAACCCUAUCGACCGUCGCCUACUCCGCACUCCUUCACCGCCGGCAAGACUAGUAUUAGCAACCUCCCCCAAUACACUCAACAGCAUCAAUGAACGAGACCCCAAAUAUAUCCUUAGUAUCCGAGCUCUUCGAUCCGCUUCUACAUCCACCGAAAGUGUUAUUAGAGCACCGACAAAAGUUCUCCGACCUACUUCAUUAGCACAUCCAACGACUUGGCCAGGUGUGAGUAUGGGUUCUACAACGUCCUCACAGAGAAGUCUCACGAGUACAGCGUCGCAGGCUCAUAGGGCUGAGACUAAUCAGAGUGUCAGGUCUGGUGAGUUGGAUUGGAAAAAAUCGAGGUUUAUGAGCUUGUUCCGACGAAGCGGAUAA